AUGCCUGAUCCCGAGCAGAUGCAGACUCCAGAGGCAGAUUCUUCAGCUGCGGAAUCCGAGAGUGAGCAUUUAGUCGACCAGAAUGGCUCCCAAGCAUCUCGUGGGACUAAAAGAAAACGCCGCCCGUUGAUGGUGUCAUGUGAACUAUGCAAGCAGCGAAAAGUAAAAUGCGAUCGAGCUCAGCCAAGCUGUGGAUGGUGUUCGCGCAAUGGACAAUUAUGUGAGUACAAGGAAAGAAAGAAACCUGGCCUGAGGGCAGGCUAUGGCAAGGAGUUAGAGCAGCGUCUCGACAGGUUGGAGGAGACCAUUCAGACCCAAGCUCGCUUGAUUGAGACUCAUAUAAUCCAAAAUAAUAACCCCGCUGUGAAAGGUCGCCAAUUACAAGGGGUAGGCUCUAUGUCUUAUGGCUCCCCAUCGGAACGGUCUACUGCGACAGGGCCUAAUCCUCAUGCAAAUUCAUAUAACCGAGAUUUUCCAACAUUACCGGCGUCUCACCGAACACCUGACCCGACAGCUAACCACCAUGAUGUGACAAUCACAAGCCCUUCAGAGAUGUCCGUCAAGUUACAGAGUCAAUCUCGAAUCUCAAAUGGGCUGUCACAUUCGACACCACUUUCUCAAGCUCCGGACGCCUCUAGCGGAGAUUAUUCUCAUAACGAUUCGUCACUAAACGUCCCAGUCAGUCUUUUUAACAAUCAAGAGCGGUCUCUCGCGGACCCGGAACUUGAUUUACCGCCAUACGAUCUGCUAUAUGCACUGGUAGACCUGUAUUUUGAACAUGUUAAUAGCUGGUGCCCUAUACUUCAUCGCAGGUCAACUCUGGACGCUUUAUUCGGACCGUCCCCCUUAGAUGAGGCUGAUCGAGUUGUUCUCCAUGCGAUAGUUGCCACAACUCUGAGAUUCUCAUCGGAUCCACGGCUCAACGAGGCGAGUCGUAAGCGAUGUCACGAUUCCUCGAAGCAAAAAGUGUUGCUAUACGGUUUGGAGAACUCGUCAGUCAAAUCUAUACUAGCACUAGUGAUUUUAGCUCUUGACUUUGUUGGGUCAUCAAACGGACCCCCAGGGUGGAAACUUCUAGCUUUGAUAGCUCGGUCUGUAGUCCAACUUGGAUUGGCAGCUGAAACAGGUUCCUCACUUGUUUCUUCCGUAUACCCCUCUAUUUCCACGUUAAGAGCAAAUGUGCUCCCUGACCCGGAAACUUGGAUUGAAGAUGAGAGUCGGAGGCGUCUCUUCUGGAUGGUUUACUUAUUGGAUCGCUACUCGACUAUUGCCACUGCCUUUGACUUUGUCUUGGAUGAAAAGGAUAUUGAUCGGAAGCUCCCUUGUCGAGAUGAGUUCUUUAUUAGGAAUCAACCGGUCGAAACUCGGUGGUUUCAAGCCGCUGUCGACAGGGUGGACUAUACCAGCCACGGCGAAAAUGUCGGAUCUUUUGGAUUCUACAUUGAAAUCUUGGGUAUACUAUCCCGUAUACAUCAAUUCCUCAAACGGCCUGUAGAUAUUGGAGCCCUUUCAGAUGUUGAGGAAUGGCAAGCGACCUAUCGAAAGCUGGAUAGCGAACUUUCAGCGUGGGAAUUCAAUCUACCCACUGAAUACGCCCAUGAAAACACAUCUCGCUUGUUCCAGAGCUCAAAAACGAAGAAAAGGUUUCAAUGCGAUUGGGUCAUGCUUCAUGUUACGUACCAAACAACUGUAAUUCGAUUGCAUUCUUCUGCAGCAUACCCUACUACCAGGUCUCCUAUUUUCACCCCUUCCUACAGUGCCAGCCAACGGUGUCUGGUUGCGGUUGAUAAUAUUCUGUCACUUACUCGAUUUGUCGUUGAGAAUAACAUGCUCGACAAACUUGGCCCGCCAUUCGCCUUUUCUCUCUGGGUAUCAGCUCGGCUAUUACUUGUGCAUGGAUCAACCAUUGCACAUACGGUGAACCCUGACAUUUAUCUCUUCGUCGAUACCCUAGGCCAAAUGGGACGACAUUGGAAAGUCGCCGAGCGUUACAGCACAAUCCUAAAGCGUGUUAUCGACGAAUAUAGCGAGUACGAGCAAACCGGAGGAACGGAGGGAGAGCGUGUCACGCCCUCUUCGGUCAAAAUACUAGCGGAUAUGAGACGCUGUGCUUUUGAUCUUGACUUCUUGAUAUCCCGUCAGCCACAGCCUGGCACAUCUAAUGAAUCCACCAGGCAAACAGUGGCACCUACCCCUGUCGGAAGGAAUCUAACAAACAACGAAUUCGAAUAUCUCGAUGUCUUUGGCUUCUUCAAUGUGCCCCGGGUCCCGAAUAUGCCUACGCCACUACCACCUUUGAACAUAAAUGAUAUUACAAAUCCGAUGUCAAUACAUGGCCUUACUACUGCGGCUAGCAAUAAUGAAUUCAAUAUCACCAAUUACCUAAUUCCUACACCAGAAACUGAUUGGCUUUUCCAACCGCCUGCAUGA